AUGGGAAUUGAUUAUUACAAAGUAUUAGGAAUCAGUAAAGGUGCGAGUGAGGAUGAUAUCAAAAAAGCCUAUCGAAAGAUGGCUCUCAAAUAUCACCCCGACAAAAACAAAUCACCAAAUGCUGAGGAAAAGUUUAAGCAGGUUGCCGAGGCAUAUGAAGUCCUGAGUGAUCCCAAGAAGAAAGAGAUCUACGAUACGUAUGGUGAAGAGGGACUUAAAGGUGGUAUUGGUGGCCCAAGUGGUCGUCCCGGUACAACUACCUACACAUUCAGUGGCGACCCCCGUGAAACAUUCAGAACAUUCUUCGGCACAGAUGACCCCUUCAAUAUCUUCAUGAAUUUCGGUGGUAAUAGUGGUGGUGGAAGGGGUGCAGAGUACAUGGAUGUAGACGGUGAUAUGUUUGGUCGGAUGCCUUUCGGUGUAAGAUUUUCUUUUCGGACUAUAUUUUUUACAUUUUCAUAUUUUGGGAUGUUCAUGAGUUCAGGAGGUGCUGGAGGAGGUGUAUCCCGAGCCCGCAAAGUUCAGGAUCCCCCUAUUCACCAUGAUCUCAGUGUCUCUUUGGAAGACGUGCUCCAUGGAACUACCAAGAAGAUGCGUAUCACUCGUCAUAAACUCGAUGGAAGUACAGAAGAGAAGGUUCUUACAAUUGACGUUCGUAAGGGCUGGAAAUCUGGCACUCGUAUCACUUUUCCACGUGAGGGAGACGAACGUGCUAAUACAAUCCCCGCAGAUAUCAUCUUCACUGUUAAGGACCGUACUCACAAGUACUUCAAACGGGAAGGCGCCGACGUGCGUUACAUAGCUAAAAUUGCCCUUCGAGAUGCUCUUUGUGGUGUAAAUAUCCAGAUACCUACUAUUGAUGGACGUACAGUUCCUCUUAGGGUGGAUGAUUGUGUUAUCAAGCCGGGCACUACUAGAAGAAUAAGUGGUCAAGGUCUGCCCUACUCAAAAGAGCCCAAUAGAAGGGGUGAUAUAAUUGUGGAAUUUGAUAUUGUCUAUCCAGAUCGUAUUUCUGCCUCGGAUAAGGAAGUUCUUAUGCGAAUAUUACCACAGUAUAAGCAGCCAACUUUCUGA